AAAAUCGUUCUUUCGCACCACCCAGAGGUAGCAAUGAAGAUCGGGCUGAGUAAAGAACCCUUCCCAGCAUCCCACGGCCCCUGGACUCUGCAUUGCGGCGCCCGCCUGCCCCAGAAUCAGCACAAUACAGACCAGGUUUUCCCGGCCAGCGCUUGGCCUCUCUAGGAAUAUCUCGUAAGGGUCUGCUCUCUGGUAACCCGGAAGAGGAAGCGGCGAUCGUGCCUCUUGACACUUUCGUUAGCACGGGAGGGGGAGGGUAAAGCGCCAUGGAGGUGAGAAAGGAACCCAGAAAGAAGUUGGGAUAUUAGAAAAGGAGCAUGGACAGUUGAGCCGGCGGCGUAGGCGAAAUAAAAGGAGGGGCAAGUAGAUGAAGCCGGGGCCGCCGCUUUCCCCCUACAGUUCAUGGGCGCGCGCGCAGGGGUAGGCGGGGCCUCAUGGCCGGUUCCGGCGCGCGCGCUCACUGCCCCCACGUUCUUUUUUCUUUAUCUCCACCCCACCCCCAUCCUCACGACUGGCUGCUCCAAGAGACCGGCCAGUGGGGUAGAUGGGGGAGGGGAGAAGAGAGAGAAAAGACGGGGGUGGAUGUUCCCCAAACCGGAUGUGCUGUCAUUAGUGGUGCCGAGGCCUCUGUUUGGGUGCGCCUCUCCCUGUCCCUUUGAAAGCAUCGGGGAUCUCGGGGUGGCCUCCUAGGACCACUGACACUAGCAGGAAGCCUGCCGAGAAAUAGCGCUGCUUGUUUGUGGGAGGCUUUUUUCCCGCCGCCGCCGCUGGCGGCCCUUGGCUUUUUAUACACUGCCGGGCUUUUUUAUACACUGCCAGAUAAAAUUUCCAAUACUUUGCGUGGAGUCCACUUCUGACUUAAGAUAUGAAAUCUGUGUCUGGGCUGUGCCAGUCAAGGCUGCAAGUGGAGGCUCACGUGACCUGUGUGGUUCUGACAGUACAAAAUAAAAUACUUUUCCACAUAGAAGCCUUGCUCCUGACUUGCUAGUUUCUGGGCGUCGGAAUGUUAUUGUUUUUUCCAGUGGAGGUUCAUUCUGUCAGCUGCAUCCUGUGAGGCCUACGAAAUGGCAUGGACUCUAUUGUGUAGUAGGAUGUUGUAAAGGUUGUGAGUAGCCUCUGAUGGGAAGCCUCUAGGAUGGUAUGUUUGCAUGGAGAAAUGGGCAUGUGCAGCCUGCGUAAAGCACCCAGACAUGCUACGGUAUUUCAAGCUGUCACCAUAGUUUGCUUGAACUAGCUGUCCUUUUAGUUGUUGUUCAAUAGGUGAAGUCUGUGUGGAGUUGGCACAGUCUCUAGCAGAAGAUAACGGGCAUGGUGAGUUACGGGGUGGGGGGGGGGACAGGGAAGGAAGAGAUGCGCCUUAAGCUGUGCUAGGAAAGAGAAACUUGUGAUGAAAAAUGCGCUUCAAAUGUAGGUUUUCCUCAAGGGCAAAGAGUCUGUGUGAUAUUCUACUGCCCAAAUAAAUAAAAGAAUAUACUCACACAAGUCCAGGCCUGCAGCAAAAUCUUGCAGUGUAUCCCUAACUCCUAGCAGGUGUCCUCCCAUUGAGGGCUCCAGCCAGCCUGGAAAUAGAGCUUUGAAGCAAUCUUUGGAUAUAUAUAUAUUACUUCCUUGCUCUUCUGAAAAUAUUCCCUGUCACAUUAUAUAGUGUUAAAAGCCUAUGGCUAGGGCAGGAGUCCCUAAUCCUUUUGGACACAAGGACCCAUUUGGAAAUUUGGGGAAGUUAAGGGUACCACCACAAAAUGGCUCAAUGAUUUAAAUCACUCUUUUCCCCUUCCUGACAAAAGAAAAUACCCCCAUUUUUUUAAAAUUUGGAAGGGACAUGGCCCUCUAGGAACCAAGUGGGGUGACAUGGUGCACCACGGUGCCCACAGAUGCCAUGUUGGGGACCCCAGGGGUCGGGGCUGGCUACCAGCAUCAAGCAACAUGGGCAGAAAGAGCUGUGUUGCUAUAUGAGAAGGGGCAGUUUCUGGAAAGAACACAAUGGGAAGGAUGUGUUCUUUGAUGAAACUUGGUGAGUUGAGUUUUUUUAAUUUCGUGGCAUUUAUCCCCCCCCCAUCUUAAUCCCCCUCUUGAAAAUACAUAAGCUGAUCCACUUCCUCUGCCGUUUUUCUUAUUAAAAACAACAACCCCAAACUGAAACCUGCAAUAUUAUGUAAGUCCUUCAAGCUCACAGGUCCUUAUCAGGUUCUUUCGGUGUUUUAAAACACAUCUAUUUUUCUUUUAAUUUACACAUGCAUUUACUACUGCAUAUCUAGGGAGCCCCUGAGUCUGUAGAAACCACCCCUUUUCCCCUCAGGUGCUCCAUCUUCCAAACAGUUAGGCACUUGUCCACCCAAGAUCAGUGUUAGAGGAAACAAUUAGAGGGGGUGAUGAUAAUACUGAUACUAGUGGGCUGCAUUUGGCAUGAUGUUUGAUCGAAAUAAACAAGCUGAUGAGGCCUCUGCUGCUUCAGCACAAGGUAUAGAAAGAAAAGGUAAUGAAGGCUCCUUACAACAGGAGAGCUGUAGUAGCAUACAAGGACCAGAGCUGGCUGGGCCUGGACUACCUGUUACACAGAACAGACAAGGCUAUUGCAACUGUUGCCAUGUACACUACAGUAAUCUUGAACAGCAUGUGUACAGUUCCCAGCAUAGGCACUUUGCCACCUACUGUAGGAAUCGUAGGGGCACAACUAGUCUGAUGGAGCGUUUCCUGCAAGAUGUUUUGCAGCAUCAUCCCUAUAGAUACCAUGAUAACAGACCGACUUAUGAUGACAUGCCAGUCACCAGCUCCCAACUUCUUCCCAGGGAUGAGGCUCUUCUUUUGGUGGAAGCGGUGGAGAAGGAGUGUGCUACAAACAGGGAGGAAGAACCAAGCACUGACAGUGGAUUCACUGCCGAGUCAGGCUGCCUUAUUUCCCAGAGAUCACAUGAGGAACUGAAAGAGUCUUCUGUGCCAGUCACACUUAUCCAGAAGCUAGAAAGGAGAGAAGAACAUAGCCGAGGAACUUCACAGCAAACUUUGGACAUCUCCAGUAGUACAAGAAAUCCUGUUCCAGCAGAUGGUGCUCUGACUGAAAGUAGUAGCCAUAAAGCCCAGUUUACAGCGGUGAACCUUUUACCCCAUCCAUUACCUGUAAGCCACUCGCCACCCCCUCCUCAUAUACUUGCAAAAAAUAUUAGAUUUUCAGUAAUACCAGAAUUGGUUUCAAAUAGCAGGUGUGAACAAGCUAAGCAGGACAUACGCAAUCAAGAUGGAUUAGGGAAUCCAAAUCUGAGUCCUGUUUUGCAGUCUCCCCAGUCAAGAACUGUUUCACUCUCACAUGAGAGUCCUGUGUAUAAUCAAGGCAACUCAUUAAUCUCAGGUCAGCUUUUUUUAAAGCAAGUUGGCUUACAAUCUCAGGUCUCUGACUUCUGUCUCAGGGACACUAGCAACCCUGUGCGUACCAGCAAUUCCCUGGCUUUUCAAGCAACUUCCCAAUUACUGGAGGGAAAAGAGACGAGGAGAAGUGCUGAAACAUCUGUAGAUGACAUCAUUGAAGAAGUCAUUCUGAAAUAUUGCUAUGGGAUUCGCCCCCAACUGUUACCUUGCAGAGAUGAAGAGACCAACUCCUGUGUAAAUAUUCUGUCACUUCUGGACCACAGUAGCAUACGUGGGUCAGAAAUAAGUUUUGACUAUGAUGCAAAUGUUCAGUCGGGAGCACUCCUGCCUGAGGCAGCUGUUAAAAACCUAGAACUUCUCAAAGAGAUUCAAGUAAACCUACAAGAUGAGAACUAUGACACCCAGCUCAGUUCUAUUCUUAAAAAUAACUCAGUGCAGGAAGCAACAGAAGCAGAACGGGAUGCAUCUAUUCAUCAUAAAGAACCGGUUCUUCCAGCUUUGCCCCAUGUGCCUCCUUCUUUUGUAGGAAAGACGUGGUCCCAGAUCAUGUAUGAAGACGAUAUGAAAAUUGAAGCUAUUGUGCGGGAUUUCAGGGAAGGUCGCUUCCGCUGCCACUUUGAUACAGAGUCAUUGGCUAACUGUGCAACAAGGAGGCUAAGAAAGAAAAAGAAAGAGGAAGGGAGAAUCAGUGCAAUUGCAGCUCCCAAAUUGGAGGCUGUGUCAGCUAAAGGUCUUCCAGAAUUUGGCUCCGACUUCAGUAACUCCUCUGCAGCCUUAGAAACACAACACAUUCCAGAAAGCACGAGGAGGCCAAAAAAAAGGACUUGGCACCUUGCCUCAAGAUGCCAAGUAGUCAAGGUUAGCCAUGGCACGCAAACUAGCUUGGUGCACUAUCCGAUAGUGAAACAAAAAAUCAUUAGAAAAGACCAUGAGCUGACAGAUCAGAAAGGUAACCUUGUAUGGUCAGACAAUGAGAGGACACCCACCAUGAAAACUAGACUCUGUGCCCUCAAGCUUCCUGAAUCUUAUACCAAAAUAAUGAGCCCUUUACAGCCCCAAACAGUGGUCUAUGUUCUUUCUUGUCCAGAGGUGAAACAGUUGAGGAGCAAAACAGAAGAUAUUUCCAAAAGGAGAAGAAGCCACAACUCAACAGAUAGUAAGGACUCCAUAAGGUACAAAUACAAACAGAGUUCUAUUAAGUAUUAUGACCCAUUGACUAAUCGAGUUUUAAAAACACCUCCCAAAAGUAUAACUGGGGAAAAGGCAAAGAAGCCUCCACAUGUUCGGCAGCUAUUCAGAAGUCUCAGCCUUGAUGCAAACAGGAAGAAACAAGCAGAUGCACACUAUGAAUGCAUAGAACCAAAGUCCUUCAAUUCGCCAGAUUUCAGUGAUUCCUCACCAUCUUUCAUGCUGGACUGGGUUAAAGAGAAUGAUAUGAAUUCAAGCCAUAAGACAGAUGGUUCUUCUACUUCUACAGAGAGAUCUGAAUGUCUGAUCUGUAACAAUUCAGAGAAAUCGUAUGAACACUUAGUUCUUUCACCAUUGAACUCUCACCGAUCACAGCAGGAUGGUGACUUUAGGUUAACUCCAUUCAAUAGAAAGGAAGUUAAGCCUCCUUUUAUGUCACAUGUGGCUAACUGUCUGGAAAGAGACAAUCCAAAGACAAUGCGGCAGAGAGAAAAAGGCAAUAGUCGAGAACCAGGGUUUUCCAAUAAUGCUUCAGGACCAGCCUUUGUCAGGCGUAGCCUUGUUAGGAGAGGCAGUAGGAAACAGCCACCCAGGACUACAACUCAGCCAAAGGAGGGGAGGAUCAGAAAGGUUUCUUGUGCUCCAAAAUCCUCUGUCUUGUCUAUUUCCAGGCACCAAACAAAGAAAUCUACUGUAGAAAAGCACCUUAAGAAAGAAAAACCUAAUGCUAAAAAGCUAAAGGUGGCAAGGAAGCCCAAGAAAACAUUUUUGAACACUACAGCCGUUGUAGGCAUGGACAUUCCUGAAAAGAGGCAGAGAGCCACUGCAAGGGCUUCUUCGAAAGUAAAGAAAUGGGAGGUGACUGGGGGCAAGAGUCUCCUUUGCACUGUGAAAUGAUUGCUACCCAAACCACACAAACUUGGAAACUGGCUUGCUCUACUGUAAGAGGCAGUCAAGGACAGGCUGAAGAGAUUGGGGCGGGGGGGAUGGGAAGGCUUUUCAAAAAUCUUCUGAUGCACCAGAGCUAGAAAUUGAACAAAUUCAAGUUCCAACAAUGCUAAUAUACCUACAAACUGUUCAUGUUGCUGCUCUGGGGGCAUGCUGCACAUUGCACUGUUCUGUUAUAUAAAAGUUACAAAACAUGUAUAUUUGUUAGAAAGCACUAAAGGCCCUGUUUAAUAGACUUCAAUGCAUCUUUGCCACAGCAAAGAAAUAUUGAACUUUAGUUGUACGGUUAUUCUACCUUAAUAAAAUGUAGUGCACUAUGCCACAAAAGUGGAUACAUUUGCCUUGUACAUAAGAUUCAGUUUUCAUACCCAGCUGACAAAAAUGUCCACCAAAGCUUACUUCAGAAUGGUUUAUAUCCAAAGAUACCACUGCAUGAACAGAAGACAUCCUUGCAUGUGUGUGUGAAGAUCACCAGUUCCCUCCCACCAUCCUGGUCUGCAAGUCUACACACACCCUGCUGUUCUGGGGGAUCCCUAAUUAUGAGUUUUGGGGAAACUGCAGGUGGAGAAUUGGAUACCCUCACUACAUUAUCAAAAGUGCCUUCAGCUUCUACAGUGGCAUCUUGGGAUCCAAGCCAAUAAGUAUGAUUAAAAAGUGAAAGGGAAUAUAUAUUUUAAGUGAAGUGUAAUUUGGGGCUAGCAAUAUAAUGAAAAUCAGUGAGGUCAACAGCACAAUCCCAUCUGUCUACUCAGAAGUAAAUUCCCAGUGUUUUCAAUAGGUCUUACUCCCAGGUAAGCAUGUAUAGGAUUGCAGACUUGGACUAUAAUCCUGUGCACACCAGUGAACCAGUGGAACUUACUUCUGAGUAAGCAUGCAUAGCUUUUGCUGUAAAUUCUGGAAAGAAGCAUAAGCGUUGUACAAUGUUAGCAAACUUAUUCCAUACUCCCCAUUGUGUUGGCUUCAUCUCUUCUGUCGUGAACAUCUAAGACUAGCAUUCUAGAAGGAGGCCAGUGCUGAAAAGAUAAAUGUCUUUUUGUAAUCUUUCAUGUUUUUUUUCCUUUAAGGAAAGAUUGAUCAACAGCUUUUUAGGCCACACAGAACUGUUCAUUCAGAAUGCUGCACAUAAGCAAUAUUCCUAUCUUUAAACUCUCAUUGAACUUAAAAAUAUAUAGCAUUUUUAAAUGAAAAGACUACUUAUGUGUUGUUUCUCUAUCAGCCCACAAUGUAGUUGUGAAAAUAUUUGAAAGUCCAAUAAGUAAAUUAAAACUAUUUCAGACAAAAGUUCUGAAAGAUGCUAUUUUGCAUAUUAGGGCACAAUUUAACUCAUAUUUCCACCAGGCUGGGGGGGGGAGUUGGAUGCAGUAGGCCUCUGGCUGAGCUGGUGGGGUCCUGGCACUGAAGCUCCCUGCUGCCAUGGCACCACCAGGACCCUGCUGCCGGGGCUCUGCCAGGGAUGGCCAGCUCAGCGGAUGGAGAGCUGGUGGAAGCCCCAAUAAUGGGGAGUUCCUGGGGGUGUGGUGGGGGAGGAGUCAUGGGUGGGGGACCCCCUCAGAGCUCUUCCCUGGGUCCCAAUUCCCCGCAUCCGGAUUCCUCACAAUAAUAGGCCAAUGGAGUAAAAAAAAAUUAACACUGGUGGCCUGUGGGGAUCGCUUACUCCCUGGUAGGCCUGUUUGUGGGAGCUGGCUCUUCCUGUCCAGCUCCCGUGCGCAGCUCCCAACAGAGCUGGCACUCAGCCCGGCCAGCAGCUCCUGAGCAGCAAGUGGAUUCCGCCGGCUCCUCCUCUAGCUCCUCCUCUGCCCCCCCUGCUGGCUUCCCAUCAUUUGGAUUGCUCUGCCCGUCAACAUUGAUUUACAGAUCGUGGUUUAAAAAGCAAUGUUUAGGCUUACCUAAGUAAAUCAAUGAUUUGUUUUUGUUUCGUUUUUCAUUUACUUAAAUGCAGAAUCUUUUUUAUAACUGUAUAUGUCAGAAGACAUAGGAUAUAAUCCAGGAGUGUCUGUCUACUAGUAGGGAACAGACACAACUUGUGAAAGAGAUUUCUCACAAAUCUGCUUUGAUGUGCCCCACAUAUCUGCUCCAGAGGCUGGGGGUUGAUGGGGGGGCUACUGGGGAAGAGGAGAGGAAGGGGAAGUCUCCCAUGGCACUGAAUACCAUUAAAUUAUAUUCUAGAUUAGUUUCCCUUAUCUAUAUAAGAUCCAGUUGGAUUUGAUUAAGUUGAAAAACAAUGUCUUGUUUUCUGGGCAGAGAUCUUCCAAGCGGGCAUUUACAUGAGACUUAAUGUUUAUGUUAUGUGCUACAUCACUGGCUUUUAGGACAUUGAUUUCAUGUAAACUAUAGUAGCCUGUUAAUUAUUAGUGCCUCAGUCAUUUAAUAUUCUGUCUAAUACAAAAAUAUUUUUUAAAAUAAAAGUUCUUAAACUGAUAAUUUUAAUAACAGUGUUACUUUAUAAAUAAAGUUUGAAUACAAAAGUUUCUUUUUCAAAGUCAAGCUUGUUUUAAACCAAAUUUUAUUAUAGGUUAUCACUGACAAAUUUCAAAUCAACCUAUUUUUAUGGAAAAGAAUGUCCUUUCUACCUAAUGUGCCAAUUCAUUUCUUCUGAAAAUGAUGUAUAAAUGCAGGUAUACAUUGUACAUUUUAUGAAUAUUUUUUUGAGUGUAUUGGCAUGAUUUUGACAGUCACUAAAGAGUUUAACGUAUUUAUGUUCUGCUGUUCUCUGUCACUCAUUUUUCUUCACAACCUCAAGAUGCACAGGGCAGAACUGUUUCACUUUCAAACUUAUUGAAUAUUUACAUGACUUCUUUUUUGUAAAUAGGCUUUUCAACCAGAGUGAUUUUUUAAAGAGAAAAUGGCUAUAUUUAAGGAAAUAUUUAAUUAUAUGUUUUUUCUUUAAAAACAGAAUGAAGAUUAACAUCCUAUUUUUUUUUUCAAGAUGAAGGGCUUAAGAGUAUAAAUCUUGGGAAAGUUGUUCAAUGUGUAAAAAAAGUCUACAGUUUUUGUUAAAAUAUCUGUAUAUAUGCUUUUGAUGCACAUGAAAGUUGGGGAGACCAUGACAUUUUGGUCAUAGAUAAAAUCCACUUAAAUACAUUUUAAACUUUGAACUGUGUAUGUUUUUAACUUCUUAUUGUCCAGUCUAGGCAUGUCUAGCAAACUCAAAACUCAAAAUUUGAAUAAAUAGGCCAGAAUCCAAAGAAUGCUGGGUAUACACCCUAGCACUUUCACUUGAGUAUCAGGAUAUACCUAAUUUCUGUUCUGAGGGUUAGCCCUGUUUUCAGUUAAGGUUCUGGCCAGGGUUGCCAGUUUCAGUUUUUGAGAUGUUAAGUUUUUGCUACCUCCUUUGGGUUACCAGGUGUAAAUUGAGGGCUCAGAAUCAAGAGGCAGACCAUUUUCUUCUUGGCUUUUUGAUAUCUGCUGCCGUGCCCCGUGUUGACCAGGCUCUUCCCCCAAUGUGCCAGGUGCUAUUCUCAGCCCCCGCUAGCUACUACAUCUCAGAACCUGAGUAUCAAAAGAUCUGGUAACUCAUGCUGAGAGUCCAACUGCUGGGAACAGCUUUUGGAAGACAAGGGGUGCUGAGGGAUGAAAGUGGAGGGGGAGGCUCAGGAGUGCUGAAGUGCAUGCGGAAGCUGCCUUUAUAUCCUGGCCAUAAAAAUGAAAUGAAUAAUUUUCUUAAAAGGAGAGGAAAAGUGUAUGAUAAAUAUUUUAUAAAAGAUUCCUGAGAAUUGUGUUAAGGUUUUAAGAAGAACCCCUAGGAACCUAGCGUAUUCUACUCUGUUUGAAAAACUCGUUUCACCUGAAACUGCUGUUGAUUCCAAGACCCGCUCUCACUGUAAUGGCUUGCUAGAUUUUGCUAUCUCUACAAUAAAUGCCCCCCCCCCCCCCGCUUUGUGUAAUUUAGUUAGAAAAAGGAUAUGGUAGCUGAGUCUUGGUCAAUGGCAUAUUUGUACUCACAUCCUGCAGAGGGCCUUGAAUUGAAUGUUUCAGGUCACUUGCCACUCAGACAAAUGUGAGAAAAAUCAAGCAGCAGGAAAAAGAGGAUUAUGUGAAACUCAGUCUUUGUUAUAGUAAUAGCAGAAUUCUCCUAAGUGCUAUCAGAGUUUUCACACAGAUUCAACCUUAAUACAAUAUGUAAUUACCAUAGAUCUCUGGAUAUAGCCCUCCAUCCAUAAUUCUGUUAAACAAUAUUUGUCCUUUAUUAGACUUGAGAACCCACUGCUCCUUGCUUUCUUGUUUUUUAUUAUUUUUCCUUUUGUCCAAAUGUGCAUCUGUUUCCACUAUGAAAAGUGUCAAGAUAUCUCUUAUAGGGCAGGUUUAUCCUUUAUUUUGUGAACUCUGGUACACGAGGUUUAUAGAGCAAAGUACACUAGCAGUAUUGCCAAUUGUCACCAGAGCAUACAUGUUUAAAUGGCUAGAUUCCACUGUAGUAAGCAUGGAAGUGGGCGCUCAAUCCUUUCCUGCUCACUAUUUCUGUUUAUUGCAAAGAACCCCUCUGUGCAAGUACACUUAAACAUUUAGCAUUUUAAACUCAGGUACUUUUGUACCAAAUUUUAAAAAGUAAUAUCUGAAGUUGAUGAGAAGGAUAGCUAAAAUGUAUUUUGGGAUGAGAGUCCUAGGUAGUGAACCUUUUCAUUUGAUUAAUUUCCCAUUCUUCAACAUGUCCUCAAUAGUGAUAAAUGAGAUACCAUCUAAACUUGACAGAGGUUGAUAUAUUCAAUUCUUGACUGCAGUCACCCAUAACAUUCAUCAAAUGGGCAAAAAGUGCACAACCUCACUUUCAGGAUCAAAAUUUGGGGAUCUGGCGACCCUAUUUUUCUUUAAUUUCACACUUUCUUAAAAAUAACUUUACAGAACCUUUUUCAUCCUGUUAUCUUAAAUUUUAGUGGUUUCCUGUUUGUACAUUCUGCCAAUUAUUAGGGAUCCUUUCCCAACUGCUCCAAUAAAUGGGACCAACUAAAUGAUGAAUAGGCUGGAUUUUAAGUAGUACUCAAUUUGUACCGUAAGCAGAACUUUGCAUUUUAUGCAAAAAGUUGCAAGUCAUAAUGUCUCAAAAUACCUUUACUUCCCACUAAGCAAGCAU